AUGAAUCGCCGGCGCAUCAUCCGUGACGAGGAAGUCGGCUCCACAACGAUCGAUCUCGAGGACCGCCUUUUGACACGUCACCGGACUACUGUAGCCCUCCCGCAGCAAUACACCACAAAGGGCGAUCUGGUGUGGAGGGACCAACUCAGCCCCCUCUCCACCCUUCGUCGAUACUGCCGUCGGAUGCAACUCCCACCACCGCGUUUCCUUGGCGAUGCCUAUCCGAAUCUGGGACUUGAGGUGCUGGGCGUCAAAUUCAUGAUCAGCGACAUUGAGCGUGAGCCAACGCCCAGACCCCGGGUCGGCAGCCCGGUGCAACGAGUGGCCCUUUUUGUACUCCACAAGAUGGGUCUGGUGCCUGAGCACGUCGAAUCACGCCCACUAUUUGACAGCCAUGGUGGAAAGCAAGAGGUGGGCCGCAUCCGCUGUUGGGUCGACAUCUUUCCCUUGGAUAUCGGCCCUGUGCCCCGCCCGAUUGACAUCUCCGUCCGCCGCCCAGAACAAUACCAAAUCCGCAUCGCCAUCUUCAACGUGUUCAACGCGGUCGUCUGCAAGCGCAAUUUCCAACAACCAUGCGGCGAUCUCUACGUCAAGGCAUUCCUCAAUGGCCAGCAAAAGGGCCAAAAGACGGAUGUUCACUACCGAGUGCUCGACGGCUUUGCAUCUUUCAAUUAUCGAUUGAUCCUCGAUUUUGACUGGAACCCUUGGGAGAAGAAGAUCUACGCCAAGGAGAAGAAACGCCUCUUCAG